CCACCACCACCACCACCACCACCAAUCUCAGGAACAAAGUACACACACUUAUCAUACCUUGUGAUCGAGCUAGUCAUGGCUUCUGCAGCAUCUUCUUGCUCAUCCUCACUUUAUUUACAAAACCCCAUCCAUACCCGAAACAGUACCAACAUAAAUUGCUCUAUCCAAACCACCACCCCUUCCAUACUCCAUUUCCCAAAACAACACACUUCAACCCAUCCAACACCACCACCUACUACUACUCGUCCCAAUACCAUUACAUACCCACAAACAAAAACAAAACCAAACUCUUCAUCUUCAACCUCAUCUUCACAAUGGAAUUUCCUUCAAAGAGCUAUGUCCAUGGCCUUCGAUGCAGUCGAGACCGCCCUAGUUGCAUGUGAGCUCCAGCAUCCUCUGCCCAAAACAGCUGACCCCACCAUCCAAAUUGCUGGCAAUUUCGCUCCCGUGCCAGAGCACCCCGUCCACCACACCCUUCCAGUCACCGGAAAAAUACCUCAAUGCAUUCAAGGUGUUUAUGUCCGAAAUGGCGCCAACCCGCUUUUUGAGCCGGUCGCCGGCCACCACCUCUUCGACGGUGACGGCAUGGUCCACGCUGUCAAGCUUGAAGGCGGUUCCGCCAGCUAUGCCUGCCGGUUCACUGAAACGCAACGGCUCGUUCAAGAACGGGCAUUAGGCCGCCCGGUGUUCCCCAAAGCCAUUGGCGAGCUUCACGGCCACUCUGGCAUCGCCAGACUACUACUCUUCUACGCUCGUGGCCUUUUCGGCCUCCUCGAUCACCAACACGGCAUCGGGGUCGCCAACGCCGGUCUAGUGUACUUCAAUAACCGCCUCCUCGCCAUGUCAGAGGAUGACCUGCCGUACCACAUCCGCGUCACCCCCUCCGGCGACCUCCAGACAGUUUGCAGGUAUGACUUCGACGGUCAGCUCAAUUCAUCCAUGAUCGCACAUCCCAAGCUCGACCCAUUCUCCGAAGAGCUCUUCUCUCUCAGCUACGAUGUCAUCCAAAAACCCCACCUCAAGUACUUCAAAUUUUCCAAGUCCGGUCAAAAGUCACCGGACAUCGAAAUCCCAUUACCAGAGGCAACCAUGAUCCAUGACUUCGCCAUAACAGAGCGGUUCGUGGUCAUCCCGGACCAGCAGGUGGUGUUCAAGCUCCCGGAAAUGAUCAGGGGCGGCUCGCCGGUGGUGUAUGACAAGAACAAGAUUGCCCGUUUCGGCAUUCUUGAUAAGUAUGCAAGUGAUGCUUCAAAAAUCAAAUGGGUCGAAACAAGUGACUGUUUUUGCUUCCAUCUCUGGAAUGCUUGGGAAGAACCAGAGACCCAUGAAGUCGUCGUGAUCGGGUCAUGCAUGACUCCGGCCGACUCCAUUUUCAACGAAUCCGACGAGGGAUUGAGAAGCAUACUAUCCGAAAUUCGACUCAAUUUGAAGACCGGUAAGUCCACUCGCCGUCCUGUAAUAAGCAACUCCGGUGACCAAGUCAACUUAGAGGCUGGAAUGGUGAAUCGGAACAAGCUCGGACGGAGAACCCAGUUCGCCUACCUCGCCAUUGCCGAGCCUUGGCCUAAAGUCUCCGGGUUUGCCAAAAUUGACCUCUUUACCGGAGAAAUAAAGAAGCAUGUUUAUGGUGAUCAAAGGUAUGGUGGUGAGCCUCUGUUCCUUCCAAAAGACUCUGUUUCGGAAACAGAGGAUGAUGGGUAUGUCUUAGCUUUCGUGCACAACGAGAAGACACGGAAAUCGGAGCUUCAAAUCGUAAACGCCAUGACUAUGCAGUUAGAGGCUGCAAUUCAGCUUCCUUCUAGAGUUCCAUAUGGUUUUCAUGGUACUUUUGUAAGCUCAAAUGAAUUGGCAACACAGGCCUAAUUUGGGGAUUUGUCAGUGUGUUAUAUAGUCGGAGAUUUGUCAGAGGGAUUGUUUUAGAUACGUCCUCGGAAUCUCCUACCUGGAUAUAGUAUUCGUAUUGUACGUGAAAGGUUUUUCAGAGACCAGCUUGUAGCUUUUGGGUGUAGGUAGGAUUGGAGCUCAGCUGGUUCUUGUUUAUUCUUUCACUUGUUUAGAUUAUGUAAAUUACAGAAGAAGCAUAUAUAUAUAUAUAUAUAUAUAUAUAUAUGUAACGUGUGUAACUUUGUUCAUUCAUUUAUCACUAUGUUUAUUGUAGAAAAUGGCAUGUAAUAUCUCCACUGUCGAUCUUCCUUACCAAAAAACAAUAUACAGUAUAUAUAAUUAUAUAUA